ACACACACACACACACAGGCAGUAGCUGAUAUAGUCAAAACACACACACAGACACACACACAGACAGACACACAGACAGACACACACACAUACAUGAACAAUCUAAUUUCGAUAGUGGAGAAACUGAAUGUGCCUCCCCCAGGAUCUCGGCCCCCCAUGGCACACCCUCACCUCUUCCUACACCCCCGCAGGAAGACAAACAACAACAACAACAACAGCAGCAACCACCAUCACCACCACCAUCACCACCACCAGCACCACCAGCCUUCCAUAUGCCAUACCCAGACGCUCGCCACGCACUCAAUCUGAUCUGGUCGGCCAUUUUGAAGUCCCCUUUGACCCCUGACCUUUACCGCAGGGUCCUGGUGGCCUUACCUGACCUUGCUAUGCCACAUUUAGAUAAGCCACUCGCUCUAACUGGGUUUUUUAUGGAGUCUUACAAUAUGGGUGGCGCGAUCAGCCUCCUCGCUCUACAAGGAGUCUUCAUUUUAAUCAACAAACACAAUCUUGACUAUCCAGAAUUCUACAGGAAGUUGUACGCAUUAUUGGAACCGACAGUCUUCCACGUCAAGUACCGGGCGAGGUUCUUCAUGCUGUGCGAUCUCUUCCUCUCCUCCACCCACCUGCCGGAGUACAUCGCGGCGUCCUUCGUGAAGCGUCUGGCACGGCUGUCCCUCCAAGCGCCCUCCUCCUGCCUGUUUCUCGUCACCAAGUUUAUCUGUAACCUUUUGGUGCGCUUUCCGGGCCUGGAGAAACUUGUCCACAACACCGCCGUUACUGGUCACCAAAACGACCCAUUUGUACCGACGGAGGCCAACCCAGCCCUCACGAAGGCGGGAGAGAGCAGCCUGUGGGAGGUGGCGACCCUGCACUCCCACGCCCUGCCUGUCGUUUCCCGCGCCGCCCACUUCACCAAGAGACACGCGCUACCCCAGAAGGAAGCCGAUCUGGGGGAGCUGGUGGAGCAGGGGUAUGAGGAGUUAUUUGAAAGGUCACGAAAGGUCACAGUGAAGGAAGGCAUCGCAACGACCUUUGUAAGACCGAAGGGGCUCUUUCUCUACCCCGAAGGCAUAAUGGCGGACACAUGGAGCAUAUAACCUCCCCCUAUGACUGCCCAGGGGUCACUGAAGGUCGUGGUGGUGGUGGUUAAAGGUCACUGAGACUCCCGGGCACUGGUGGGUUCUUGGGAGUACUUUUGUUGCUUAUUUGAUUUUUUUUUAUAAUUGUGGUUCUAAGGUUUUUUAAGGUUAAUUUUUGUUAUUUUUGUUAUUAUUAUUAUUUUUUUGUUAUAUAUUGGUUAUUAUUAUUUUUUGUAUUUGAUGUUGGGUAUCCCGGGCACUGGUUCGUUCUUAGGAAUACUUCUGCUGCUUAUUUGAAUUAUUAGUAAUAUUUGUGGUUCUGAGGGUUUUUAGGGUUAUUUUUUUGUUAUUUUUGUUAUUAUUAUUUUUUUAUAUUGCUUUUAUUAUUAUUAUUUUUUUUUUAGUUUUUUUAAGGAAAUUGUUAUAGUUGUGGUUCUGAGAAAUUAU